AAUCACAUUAUUUUUCCUCAUAAUAUUAUGACUUAAUUCUCAUAAAAUUGUGAUUUUUUUUUCCCAUAAUAUUAUGACUUUUUUGCUGUGUUUCUUUUCCCAACUAUUUAUUUUCCUCUUGUAAAUGUUCUUCUUGUCAUUAUAAUUUUAUUCCCAUAAUAUAACUUUUCCCCAAACGAAUUAUAUAUACAGCAGAGGGGAGGGAGCCACCUGCUGUGGCCCAGCAAGGUGCACUGUAUUUCGACACACGCUCCGAGUAUCUGGUGUGACACCAUGGAGGUCCCUGGCAAACCUUUUGCACUUUUCAAUUGCUGCAGUUUCAGGUUUUUUGUUUUUUUCCCCCCUAAUCGCAGAGCAUUUGGUACAAUGUCCUUCCUCUUAAAGUGAAUGUUUGUUUACAAGUGAACGCAGGGGAAGUCACACAAAUGACACAAAACAUUGAGACAUUAGCUUAAAGGGUCCCUGACAUGAUUCAACAACUUUUCUUAAUGAUGUUAUAUAUUGUUUGUAAUUAUGUUCUACAUUGUUCGAUUUUUUAAAGCAAACCGUAAAUUUGCAAAAAUGACAUUUAUAAUUCUUCGCAGGAUAGGAGACCUGCUUCUCGAGAUAGAUGGUCCACUUGGUUCAGUAUAUUUCUCAUCAAAAUUGUAGUCAUGCCAAAAUGUUGCGUUGCUGCUGGAUGUUCAUAGUAUCCAAGUGAUACUGUAAGUUUGUUUCCUUUUCCAAGAGAGGAACAUUUAAGACAAAAAUAGACGAAACAAGUGCAGAGAACAAGAGACAGAUGGACGCCCACCUCGUGUUCUGUUCUUUGCAGUGAUCAUUUCACUGAUGACUGCUUUGAAGGAAGACAUUUACAGGAAGCAUUUGGCUUGAAAGUACGUUAUAAACGCAUUUUGCUAUUUCGCUGGUACACAGGAAAAAGACAAAAACAACUACUACGUCAAAUUCAUCAAAAUGUCUUCUAAACACUAUUCCAUGAUAGCGACAAGGCUGUAAAGCAUUAUACAUGUUAUAUAAACAUCCUUUGACAGCCCUAUGUUUACCUGUGACAAAAUCUACAAUAAAUCAGGCUAUAGAGACCCCUUGUCAUUUUUGCAAAUUUACUGUUUGCUUUCAAAAAUCAAACAAUGUGCAACGUAUCCUAUCAGACUGUAUAUGUUUUAAGGCUGUGAAACCCCUCACCAUACACUUUACAUUUUUUCUUGAAAGUUUCAUUUCUAUGCUACUAAAAUGACACUAUUUUCCAUCAUACUGUAGGAUUAUGAGUUUAUCCUCACAAAAUUGCUACUUUUUCUUGUUAGAAUUCAGCUUUUUUCUUUUAAUAUUUUGACUUUAUUUUCACAACAUGAUAACAUUUUCUGCAAUCAAAUUUUCCAAAAAUUAUAACUUUAUUUGUUGUUUUGUUUGUUUUUCAUAAUAUGGAAGGACUCUCAAAAGAACUCAGCCUUUGUCGACCGCAUAGGCUGGGCCCUUUGAAGGACGCAGACCCCGAAUCGGGAGACAGCCAGCCACAACAGUCCUGAUUGGCUAAGGGAGAACCCGCCUAUUGUGUUCUGCGUUCCAAUUGGCUGUAGACCUUUGUCAGUCGAUGUCCUUCGUCCGCCACUGCCGUGGAAGCUGUUACAGGCGAAACAAGAAGAAUUGCACUGUGGGAAGUUGAGUGUCUAUCUCUUCUUUCAUUGGUCUGUCUGCACCGCCCAUUGUUUUAACAAGGAAGCGGCACACGAUGAUGUUCUUUGCUCUGCGUGCAUCACAUGAACAAAUAAGUAAGUUUGAUGAUUAUCUUGUGCAUUAAUAGUAUUUAAUCUCAAAAGAUUUUAUGUACAGUAUAUUGCUGUUCCAAUCCACAUAAUACCUGAUUUUGCAGAUUCCGUGUGGAAGUGGUAAGUUUUUGGCUCCUUAAGUUUCAAAGAGAUAAAUUCGAGGCUGACUGGUUAGCUUGCUAGUUCGCUAGCUUGUUAGCUCGUUAGCUUGCCAACUAGCGGCUGUCUCGAGUCUGUGCAGCAUAAGAGUUGUCCAAUGUGUUGUAAACAAUGAAUAAUAGCAGUGUACAUGUGACUGUAGGGGUGUUAUUUAAAGUCUGGAGGGCUCUGAUAAUGUUAAAAAAACAUAUUUAGAAAGUUAUAAACUGUUUUUUCUAUGCCUAGUAUGCCACAUUUUCUCUUAUUAUGUCUACUAUAUUGGGUAAUAGGAGUGUAAAGGUGACUAUUGGGGUGUUAUUUCAUGUCUAGAGGGCUCUAAUGUUAAAAAAAACACAUUUAGAAAGUCAUAAAAAGGUUUUCUAUGCCUAAUAUGUCAUAUUUUCUCUUAUUAUGUCUACUAUAUUGGGUAAUAGGAGUGUAAAGGUGACUAUAGGGGUGUUAUUUCAUGUCUAGAGGGCUCUAAUAAUGUUAAAAACUAUAUUUAGAAAGUCAUACAGAUUUUCUAUGAUCUAACUAUGAAAAUAUUAACAUUGAAUCCUGUAUCACGUAAAUUCAUUUAUCUAGAACCAUAAAUGAGGGUCGACUGUCGUUUAGGAGUUUAGUCUCAUAAAAUUGCAACUUUUUUUCUCUAUUAAUAUUAUAUUAUAUUUAUAUUUUUUAUUCACAUAGAUUCUUUUCCAAUUCGGCUAUUGUUUUUUUUUUUAAUUGUUCCAGCUAUUUCAACUUUCUUCUUGUAAAUAUUCUUGUCAUAAUGAAGACUUUAUUCCCAUCAUAUUUUGACUUUAUUCUCAUAACGUCAUUUUUAUUUACUGCAGAGUUUUUUCAUUUUUCGUUUCAUUUCAUUUUUUUUUGUUUUCUUGUAAAAUGAUAUUUUUAGAAUGUGCCGCGAGCCAAUACCAAAAUUAGAGUACGAAACUGUCUCCAAAUUUUUGAAAAAUAUUUAAUAUGCAGUAACAUAAGUAAAUACGUACCAGUCAAAAGUUUGGGGGCAAUUCCCCUUGCUAUUGAAUGACAAAGUGUCUCCAGACUUUUGACUGGUGCUGCUUCUAAUCUAUACAAAUCUUUAUCACUGUCACGUCCAUGAACAUGUUUUUAAAAUAUAAAUUCACUUCUAUGACGACGGUGAUCACUAUUUAUCACUAUUUUUUUUCUUCGUAAAACGCGUUGACUGAAGCGUCGCAUUGCCCUCUAGUGGUCGUACAUGACACUGCGUCUAAUUGUUCUCGACUCUCAGCGGUGAUUCGGUCCAAAAACGUAUGUCGAAAGACAAACUUCAAAGGUCAACAAUAAUAUUUAAUUGAUCAAGGUGUGAUUACCUGCUUAAAUUAUACAUUUAUAGUGAUUUUAACCCGCUUACUUAUGGCUUCUUUUCACGUCGACAAAAACAAAAACAACAACAAUGACGUCACGUCUCGUGGACGCGCACGAGCUUGCAAACCACGCGACAAGAUGGCGGCCCCAGUGAAAGCACAUCGCUGACCACCGUGAAGGAGAACCUCGACAUCACCAUGCCCCAGGAGGGUCUCCUUUCCCCUCGCACCAUGGUCGCCACGGUGAUAUGAAGCCAGCGUGAUACGGCGACUGAGGGUCAGCGAGCGACGGACACGCGCGCACACCGGCCAGCCACCUUGGCGGGCAGGCAGGCCGGUGUGAUGGACAGAUGCAAGCAUGUGGGGCGGCUGCGGCUCGCCCCCGACCACUCCAUCCUCAACCCGCAGAAGUGGCACUGCGUGGACUGCAACACCACAGAGUCCAUCUGGGCCUGCCUGGGCUGCGCACACGUGGCGUGCGGGCGCUAUAUCGAGGAGCACGCCCUGCAGCACUUCAAGCAGCAGCACCACCCGCUAGCCAUGGAGGUCAACGAACUGUAUGUCUUUUGCUACCUGUGCGACGACUACGUCCUCAACGACAACGCCACGGGAGACCUCAAGUUGCUAAGGAGCACCCUCAGCGCCAUCCAGAGCCAGCGGUACGAGGUCACCACUCGCAGCGGGCGCACGCUCCGCUCUGCCACCGCAGCCCCCGACGCCCUGAUGCCCUGCGGCGCUCGGGAGCUGCAGCUCAGGGACGAGGACCGCAUGUUUACCGCCCUCUGGCACCGCCGCCGGGCCCUCAUGGGGCGCGUCUUCCGCUUCUGGUUUGGCCUGACGGACUGUGGGAAGGCGAGGCAGGAGGAGGAGAGGCAGCGGGAGGAGGAGGAGGAGCAGAAAAGGGAGGCGAGGGAGAGGAGGCGCGCCCUUAAAAGGCAGCUGCAGGAGGAGCUGGAGAACGCGCCUCAGAGGAAGAGUCGCCGCUUGCGUCGAAGGAGUCGGCGGGUUUCCGAUGUUGCGGCAAAACAGCCACUCUCGCGCCCCACGCCCAAAAAGACCAAAGUGUCUGCGCCCGCACCUCUCGCCCGCAGGCCAAGGACUCGAAGGCUCGUCACUCCCACCCUCAAGAAAAGCGCACGUGUCAAAAAGGUCCAGUCGAUGGCCAAGCCUAAGAGUCGCUCUUCUUCCAGCGGAAAAUCUAAACCCAAGUCCUUAUCCGCCACCCCCCGCCGAAAGCAGAGCAGCAAAGAGGGCGGCUCGCCCUUCAAGCGGCGCCCCACGGUCACGCCCGGCGUCACGGGCCUGAGGAACCUGGGCAACACGUGUUACAUGAACUCCAUCCUGCAAGUGCUGAGCCAUCUGCACGUCUUCAGGGAGUGUUUCCUGCGCCUGGACCUCACUCAGGCUCUGGAGCUGCUGGCGUCCGCCGUCCACGGGCAGCUGGCGGGCAAGGCCUCGCCCCAUUCGCCUCUGACCCACAGGAAGGGAUACCAGGCCAGCUCAGGGUCCGGGGCGGGGCUCAGCGGCGGGGCCUCGCGGGGCCGCAGCAUGGAGCUGAUCCAACCUAAAGAGCCCAGCUCCAAGCACAUCUCUCUCUGCCACGAGCUGCACACCUUGUUCCAGGUCAUGUGGUCCGGCAAGUGGGCGCUGGUGUCGCCGUUCGCCAUGCUGCAUUCCGUGUGGCAGCUCAUCCCGGCGUUCCGAGGCUACGCCCAGCAGGACGCUCAGGAGUUCCUGUGCGAGCUCCUGGACAAGGUGCAGCAGGAGCUGGAGAGCACAGGGAAGCACACGCCCAGCGCCGACGUCCCCCACACGCAGAAACGUCUCAUCAAGCAGGUGCUCAGCGUGGUCAACACCAUCUUCCACGGACAGCUCCUCAGCCAGGUGACGUGUCUGGCCUGCAACCAUCGCUCCAACACGGUGGAACCUUUUUGGGAUCUGUCCCUCGAGUUCCCUGAGCGCUACCACAGCAACAGCCGGGAGUCGGCCGCGCAGACCUCGUGUCACCUGACGGAAAUGCUGGCCAAGUUCACCGAGACCGAAGCGCUGGAGGGAAACAUCUACGCCUGCGACCAGUGCAACUCUGCACGUAGGCGGUCGUCGUCCAAAGCGGUCCUCCUCACCGAAGCAAGGAAGCAGCUGAUGGUCCACAAGCUGCCUCAGGUGCUGCGGCUCCACCUCAAACGUUUCAGGUGGUCCGGGCGGAACCACCGGGAAAAGAUCGGCGUCCACGUCAGCUUCGACCAGCUUCUCAACAUGGAGCCAUACUGCCGCAGAGAGCCCGCCCCCAAAGGAGUCAGCCCCCAGGGCUCCACGCCAGGCUCACCGCGCGCCAAGCACUUCCUGUACGAGCUGUCUGCCGUGGUGAUGCAUCACGGGAAAGGCUUCGGGUCGGGCCACUACACGGCCUACUGCUACAACAGCGCAGGAGGUGAGCAAAGCGCCGCGGCGGGCGCUGGCGCACUCACCGACUGUCACGGCUUCCCCCCCGCAGGUUUCUGGGUACACUGCAAUGACUCCAAGAUGAACGUGUGUUCUGUGGACGAGGUGUGCCGGGCACAGGCCUAUAUCCUCUUCUACACGCAGAGAGUUACUCAGGACAAAGACCGUCUAUUUUUGUGACUAGCGUCGUUUAUGUAGCGGUGUGACAAAGGGGUGUGUGUGUGUGUGUGUGUGUGUUUAUAAAAAAAAAAAAAAAAAGACCAAGAUGGAGUCCCUAUGACAGGGUCUGGUCUUGCUGUCGCCUUCAGUUUGCUUGGAUGCAGGCCAGCAUUCUAAGACGACCCCCCUGCCUUUCCGUAAACAGCUGGGAUGCUUGCAGGUAAACUGUUUAGUCAACAAAGUGCCCUUUUUAUCUCCAUUGAGAACAUCUAUUUUUAUACCCUGUCAGCAUUUUUUUUAAUAUUUCAGAGACUGUAAACUUUUAUACCACUGCUGGUUCAGCUUCAGCUGCGUCACACAGGUGAUUGUAUUUAAAUAACAGAAAUUAGACAGCCUGAUGUCUGAGUGAGAUUUACCUCCAUACUGGAGGACCUUGUACAAAAAAAAAAAAGACUCAACCAUGUUUCCUUUGGAGGGGAAUUCAAAGCACAGUUAUCCGUCAGUUCCUCCUCCACCGUGGGUGUUUGUGUAAACGUACAGACGUUGUUCUAUGCAAAUUGUUACCUCACUUUUUCUAGAGAACAUGACCUCAAUAAAUGAGAAUAUUUUUCCAUUUUUCUACAAAACCUGUCGCCUUGUUGCCUCAUUGUUGGUAAAAAAAAAAAAAAAAAGACUGGACAAUCUCACGAAUGCGCACAUUUUGUUUUUAAUCUUUUCUUACAAAAACAUUCUCUGGCUGCUCAAAACGAGGCAAAUCAUUAGGAACGCAAGAGCGUUCCCUCCUGGAGCGACAAGCCAAACGUGCGGUAGGAAAGCAGCCGCCAAGCUCAGCCCGAUCAACGCUAUCGACUGCUUUAUUGAUUAAUCUGAUCCCAGAGCAACGUGCCGGGUUGGUGUCUGAUGUUAAGGGGGGAGGAGCUAAAACCGUCAGCUUAAGUAGUUCACUUUUCAAAUGCUGGGUUGAACAGAGAGUAGAAGAAAAGUCAGGAAGCCCCUCAUGCUGCUCUGAGUGGGCCGCUUCCAGAUUGGGUGUGUGGUUGAGGGUGUGGCUUCAGUAGUCGUCUCCCCGGCUCACCACCUCCUUGCAGGUGGGCCUGAGCAGGAUGGUGUGCUCAAACUGAGCCGUGUAGCAGCCCUUGGUGUCACACAGGGGCGGGUAGGGGUCCACAAUGCCCAGGUCGCACAGGUUCUUCAGGGCCAUCAGGUACUUGCUCUCGCCCAGACGGUCCAGCCAGCGUCGGCAGAAGGCCAACGUGCCGAAGUUCUCGUUGAUCACGUUGAGCAGGUGCUUCGCCCGCGGAAGCCUGCACAAAAAAAAAAGUAAGUAUACGUCAUAUCCUCUCGUUCUAAAGCAGGGGUGUCAAACU